UCCACAGUAAAACAAGUCCUAUAUUGACAUAACCUGAAAGGCCGCUCAGCAAGGAAGAAGCCACUCCUCCAAAACCGCCAUAAAAAAAGCCAGACUACGGUUUGCAACUGCACAUGAGGACAAAGAUCGUACUUUUUGGAGAAAUGUCCUCUGGUCUGAUGACACAAAAAUAUAACUGUUUGGCCGUAAUGACCAUCGUUAUGUUUGGAGGAAUAAGGGGGAGGCUUGCAAGCCGAAGAACACCAUCUCAACGUGAAGCACGGGGGUGCUAUGCUGCAGAAGGGACUUGUGCACUUUACAAAAUAGAUGGCAUCAUGGGGGAGGAAAAUGAUGUGGAUAUAUUGAGCAACAUCAGUCAGGAAGUUAAAGCUUGGUCGCAAAUGGGUCUUCCAAAUGGACAAUGACCCCAAGCUUACUUCCAAAGUUGUGGCAAAAUGGUUUAAUUAAGGACAACAAAGUCAAGGUAUUGGAGUGGCCAUCACAAAGCCCUGAGCUCAAGAAAGGGCUUAGAAAAUGUGUGGGCAGAACUGAAAAAGCGUGUGCAAGCAAGGGAGCCUACAAACCUGACUCAGUGACACCAGCUCUGUCAGGAGGAAUGGGCCAACAUUCACCCAACUUAUUGUGGGAAGCUGAUGGAAGGCUACCCAAAAUGUUUGACCCAAGUAAAACAAUUUAAAGGCAAUGCUACCAAAUACUAAUUGAGUGUAUGUAAACUUCUGACCCACUGGGAAUGUGAUGAAAGAAAUAAACUGGACUAGUAACCGGAAGGUUGCAAGUUCAAACCUCCGAGCUGACAAGGUACAAGGUGUCGUUCUGCCCCUGAACAGGCAGUUAACCCACUGUUCCUAGGCAGUCAUUGAAAAUAUAAAUUUGUUCUUAACUGACUUGCCUAGUUAAAUAAAAAAGAUCACAUGCAGUUCAUAUUCAGAGCAUAAAGUAUCUAGCUGUUGAAUUUAUAUUGAUAUAAUGGAGACAACAGCAUUUUAACUGAAUCCACAUUCGAAUCAAUCAGCACAUGUUCAUAGUUUUUCAAAGCUCAGUAGUCUAACCACCACACCUGACAUUGAAGCAGUUAACUGCUACAAAUGGUAGGCCAUGUACAGUAAUAGUCAUGUAAAGCACAUGGUGCUUGCAGUACCCACUUCAAAGCCAUUGCCAGCAGCACAAAUGCUCAUGUAGUUUAUUACUGGAUUAGUAACUAUACAGGUGUCCCACAGUUGCAAUUACAUUCAGUACAGAGAAGAGAAAAAAAGUUUUGCUUUUGUACAACUAACCAAUUUCCAUAAUUUUACCAUGUGGGAAAAAGUGGCUCAGUAAUGGAAGAUUACCUCCUGUGAUGCAGUAUCAAAGCAAACAACAGACUCAGUCAUUGGGUCCAACGUAAUACAUAAUAGUGUAGGAUUAAAGGCAUCUUGAAUACACCACAUCAAUGCAGUUACUGUGCAAAUCAAAUGCACCUUUGCAGAUGUACUGAUACAGCCAAGACACACAGCCACAUUGUUUCCACUGGCUAAGGUCACAUCACAACCGUCCAAGCAGAAAGACCUAAAAAACUGACACAUAUAAAAUCCAGAUUAUUAUUUAUUUGUAUAGAUAACUCCAGAAGAAAGGAAGCAGGAUUAGGAUGAGUUGAAGGGAAGGGACCGAGUGAGAAAACGUGGUUGUUUUAGUCAGUCACCUAGUCCCUUACAAUGUGCUGCGUAGAGCUCUUCUCUCUCAUCAGCUUCCUGCUACUCUCUCUCUCAUCAGUUUCCUGCUACUCUCUCUCUCAUCAGUUUCCUGCUACUCUCUCUCUCAUCAGCUUCCUGCUACUCUCUCUCAUCAGCUUCCUGCUACACUCUCUCUCUCAUCAGUUUCCUGCUACUCUCCCUCUCUCAUCAGUUUCCUGCUACUCUCUCAGUCUAUGGGCCCCUUUUCCCUCCCCUCCUUUUCUUCCCCUCAGCAUCAUCGUACUGCCUCCUCUGCCUACUGGUGUUCCUUUAUUAUUCAUACAGACACAGACCCAGGGAACAGACAGUCCUGUACCAUUGUGCAACAGCAACCCUGUAAUGGAAGUUGCAAACAAAGUACAGUACAGUGAGUAUCAUAUGACAAACCCUAUACUACAAACAUUUGGUUGAAAAAUGACUUGGGGUGGGAGGGGAGGUAAAUAGAUACACAAGUCAUGUCAGAUGUGAUGUAGGACAGCUAUAGGUCACAUGGUAUGCCUGUCAUCUUGGAGAUCAUUGUUCAAAGUCUGUGUCCAUUACUUCCCAAAAUGAUACGUGCAAGAUCACAUUUAUACCGUGAACAUUGCCUGUGUUAAUAUUGGCAACGUUUGAAAUUACUUAUGUAUUCACAAUUUUGAUGUCCUAAUGAAAUGUAUAUGUUUCAAGUUGUUUACUUUGGGCAAGACAGUAUAGUUUCAUUAAAUGAGUGCAGACUUAGUGAUUUACUCUGUGGUAUAGUAUACAGAUUGCACUCUCAGUCUGGGACAUCUAUUGGGACUCAGGAUAUGGUUGGUGAUAUAAGGGGAUUAAGGUCAAACUCACACAAGCAACAUGACAUGGAUUAGGCCUAGUGAGUAGUGCUCUGCCCUGUCUGUAGUGGAAUAUACCACUAUACCAGUCUACACCACAAUGUUACCCAUCUCAAAAGCAGUCCCUGUGAACUUUACUUUUAUUAAAUGUUUUAAUUUAAAUAAUCUGUCCCCAAAAGGAUUAAUCCAGAUCAUGGCGUUGGCAGAAAUGACUCUGAUUAUAAGGGCUUAUGUAGUCAAGCCGGCCCAUCAGGGAUCAGUCGUGCCCUUCACAACACCAUCCCUCAGUCGAAGGCUGGGACUCAGUGACCAAAACUUGAGGACAGAAAAAACAAAAGUGUUGCCUGCAAAUCCCCUUGUAGGAUAUUCACACAGUUGAAUCUGAUGGUAAGUAGUGGAGCAGUUUGGUGAAGAGCUACAGUAGUAGAGCACUGUCCAGUCCAGCUCUCUCCUACAGUGGACUACCAGAGGAAACAUUGUCUCCAUGGCCACCGAGGGGAUGUCUAGAGAAGAGGCAGAGGAGUACCAGAAACAGCUAGUGGAGGAAAAGAUGGAGAGAGAUUCAGAGUUCUUGGUAAAGAAGGCUGAGAGGGCUACAUUGAGAACGUGCUUAAGAGACAAAUACAGACUACCAAAGAGUGAACAGGAUGCAAACUUGAUGGAGUCGGCAGGAGACGACAUCGACGUGCCAGAAGAACUACUCAAAAUGGUGGACGAGGACGCCACAGAGGAGGAAGAGAAGGAUUCUAUCCUGGGCCAGAUACAGAACCUACAGAACAUGGACAUGGACCAGAUCAAGGAGAAAGCGUCGGCAACUAUGGUUGAGAUGAAAUCUAAAGCAGAGGAGAAGUGCUGUGUCAUGUGAUGAGAGAAAACAUUGGUUCAGUUGAUUAGUUCCUAAGCACCAAGUUUGACCAAGGAUAUAACUUCCAAGGUUGGACUUCCCUGAAAUAUUCCAGCUUUCCAGUAUUCUAAUCUAGACUGUGGACUUGGAUUGAUCCGAAACACGUAUAGUAGACCUUCUACACAGUCUAAAUUGAACCGGUCUUAGGUUGGCUAAUCUGUCAAUAGAGGGUUGAAGAGAUGACUCUUAAUCUGUCUUUCUCAGAAAGCUGUGGGGAAGAGGUCGGGAAAAACAUCACAGGGCUGAGAGGGAGUAAGAGUAUUUUAGUUGUUGUAAUUAAAAAAAGGGGUUCUGUUCUUUUUAUAUACAGCAAACCUCAUGUUUUCUUUGCAAGAAAGUACAAUUGGGAGGAGAGAAAAAACAAUGGUAUCAUGGUUAAAAAUGCUCUGAAUUGCUUCGUGUUAAAAAAGACAUCACUCUGAAUUUUGGGCCUUUGUAAAACAGUGUAUAUAACUGGAUUUGUCAUUUUUGUUUGUAAUAAAUAGAGACAAAUCAUAAGAAGCCCAUGAAAAACAA